UUUUAAAUGAACUCAAAGUAGUUCUGAAAAUUAGCAAACCUCAGACUUGAGGUCUCUUUUAUCUCUACAUGAAUAUGCUUCUGGGUUUUUUCCAGCAACCAUUUUGAUAGAAGAGAUGGAAAAAUACAGAAAACAAGUGAGAUAGAUAAUGUCUCAGUCUGUCCUCGUCUUUCCUCAGACACAGUUGUCUCUAAUUGUGAGCGACAUGGUUAUCAAGCCAAAAAUGUAAGUUUGUUUUACCCAUUCAUUAGAUUAGACACACCUGCUAUGUUAAUGUUUUUGAGGAUAUCUUUCAUGAGUUCAUGGUGUGUGAAUCUUUGUCAUUUGGAAGAAACUGUGAGGAAAGUGUCAGCACCAGCAAAAAUGCUGUGAAGUUACAGUCAGCAUCUUUAUUUGAGAAAAGAGUUUCACAUGUUUUAUGUUCAUUUGACGAUGGAAUUAUGUGCUAACAGCAGCACAUUUAAUGGAAGCAAAGUGAUGUGAUGAAGUCAACAGAACGUUUGUGGUGAUGAAAAACAGGUAACUGAAGUAGGACAUAAAAGCUCUGAAAUACAGUUCAAAGUUAUUUGCCUUUGCCAAAAAACCACUAAACUAGGUCACCCACCCUAUAAAGGUUGCAGAACAGAAAUCACUUCACUCAUACGCAUCUUACAGAGCAAGUCAUCUCAGGAGAGCUACUAAUAAAAUCUUAUCUUGAUAUGCAAAGUUUUAUCUGAACAUGUAAUUCAAGGCCGUUAUGACUGGAGCUGCUGCUGCUUCUUAUCAACUACUCAUUCAGACUUGAAGAAACACUGUUUCCUCCACAUGUUUUACGACACAUCGUCUCUUCUGCACACAUGUCUGAGCUGCUGUUUGGUCCAGAGUGGGCUCUUUGGGGAAAAAAAACAAAGAUGAGCUGAGAUGAAUCUCUCAAUCUCCUCAACUACAUCGAGAUGCAUAAUCCUACCUCUGCUCAUCCUUUAUAUCCUGCUUUACCCUCUGCUCCCUGCUGGAUACCAGUCUGUCAAUAGAGGUGGAACUGUGACAGUAGUCCCCUCUCCCUACUUCCUUUUGGGAUCAAACCUGACAGUGUACUGCCACGUCCGCGAAUGUGAGCGGAGUUACAAAAUAUCCCUGGACCUGAACGGUGUGACUGUCAAGGACAGGGAGGAAGUCAACUGCAGCCUGGCCAUGUUUAAUCUGACCAGCGUCCACACUCCACAGUCUUUCGUGAUCUGUAAGCUGAGAGGUGUUCAGAGCACGAAGAUUGUCACUGGACUGGACCUACAUGGCGGCCUUCCUCCAGAUAAACCUGAAGACAUUAUCUGUGAAGUGACAAGAAGCUCAGACUUUAUAGGCUGCUCGUGGAAGAGCGGUCAGAAAACACACCUCCCGACAACCUACAACAUUUCAGUCAACAGAGAAAAUGGGACCCAGAUAUAUUUGGAUCAGAUCCAGAAUGCUGAAGAAAUUAAAAUCCCACGAGGAAUUGUAGAUAAAAGCAACAAAUACCAGUUGAUCAUCACGGCAUACAACCACUUUGGAGUGUCACAGUCUAAUCCAUUCAUCUUGUGUGUAAAGGACAUAGUGAUACCAGAUACCCCUCAUAUUACAAACGUAGAGUUUGAAAAUGGCUCCAUUUCAGCGGUGCUGCAGUGGCACACCGGCGAUCUCUCUGUGCAUCUCAAACCCUACGUCAGGCUCCGCACACAUCACAGCUCCUGGGAUGUCAGGGAGGAAACAGAGCUCAGUGAGACUUUGAUAAGAGUGGGCGACGUGACACCUCUCACUGAGUAUGAGUUCCAGGUGAGGACAUGUAAUUCCACAUUCAGAGUGAAACACAUCACUGUUCCCAGCUUCCCACCUGCGCCAACCUCCAGCCAAAAGCUGCCAUGCAGCAAAUGGAGCUCAUCUGUUUUGGCGACAAGUCCAGGAAAAGGUCCAUCGCAGCGUCUGAGUGUAUGGAGGGUGUUCAACAGCCAGCAGAAUGUGACUGUUUUUUGGAAGCCUCCACCUCCACAGGACUACAGUGGUGAGGUGAAACAGUACAACAUCUUUCUGGCUUCUGAUCAGAUAAAGGAAGUGACCUGUCCUGAGGCCUCAUGCCACUGUUCAGUUCUGGUACCAGCAGAAGUUCAGACACUGAGCAUCAGUGCUGUUGCCUCAUAUGGAUCUUCUCCACCAGCUGAGGUGCCACUCAGACACUCAGGUGAAGUUGGCCCUGUUCUGAGUCAGCUGGCUCCUGCCACUAAUGGCAGUGCUGUGUACAUCUCCUGGUCAUGGCCUCAGACCAAAAGCUGGUCCACAUCUGGAGGAGAAGAGCUUCUUCACUAUGUGGUACAGUGGGGAAGUGUUCCUGCGACAGAGCUGCGGUGGCAAGAGGUGGACAAAAAUCAAAACAGCACAUCAAUCACAGGUCUGACUGCAGGUGUGAGGUAUAAUGUCUCACUGUUUGCUGUGACCACCAGGGGUGUCACUGCUCCAUCAUCUGUUUUAAUCUAUUCCAAAGAGCAAAAACCAGCAUCUGGUCCCAACUUAACAGUGCUGGUUCAUGAGGCUAAGCGGAUCCAGAUCCUUUGGGACGAGCUGCCUGUGAACCAGCAGAGGGGCUUCAUCACAAGCUACACACUUUAUAUUCAGGCGCUGGACUCCAGCAAUAAAGCACUCAGGGUGGUGCUGUCUGGCUCUGGUUCCAGACACAUCUGGCUGGACUGUCCUGAAGGAGCUCUCUCUCUGCAAAUGACUGCAUCCACCUCAGCAGGAGAAAGUCAGCGUGGAAUCCGGGUCAACUCUCAGCCUGCAGACCCUACAGUUGGUGUGGUGAUUGAAGUUGUUGUCAUCAUAGCCCUCUUCAUAGCAAUCGUGGUAAACCUGAUGUGCUGGAGUUGCGUGAGGAAAAGGAUUAAACAAAAGUGUCUAUCUUGGGGACCUGCCUGGCUCGACGUGAUCUUACCAGAACUGGAGAACAGCAAUGCCAUCAGACUACUUCAGCAGAACAGCAGUGAACCCUGUGUCGUGUCCACCGACAGCGACCCUCUGCUGUCUCCUGUUAGUUUGAUUUCCUUGGAGGGGAGGGAAGACGUCUAUCCCGUCAUCCACGUUGAGACAUCGCAAACUGGACCUGGACAAACCACAGCACAGGCGCCUUCACUGGAGACGGACGUCGGGACGGUGCUUGUGGACAGCCAGCUACAAGACAUCAGCUACAAACCCCAGAUUAGUAUGCUGGCCUCACAAUUAGAGACGGGGGAGGAGACAGAAGAGGAGCCAAACGGUGUGGCAGCAGAUAGAGAGGAGGACACAACUUCAAGUGUAUUUAAAGGAUUACUUGGAGGCUUGCUGUCUAGUGUGGAAGUGGAUUGCUCUGUUUCACACCCACAGACUCUCAGCUCUGUUGGUGACCCUUUGUGGCCUAAAGCUCCUGAAACAUCAGGUGCGCCGCACAGAUGCUUCCGGGCGGGGACGAGGGGGGCGGAGUGUGAGGUUGAGGUGAACUGUGCCUCUGUGGAGUUACAGCAGGGGGACACAAUGACACCUGACAUUGCAGACACAUGUUUGUCAACGUGUACGGUAGCGACUGUGCUGACUCAUGGUUACUUCCCCCAGCUAGCUGCUGUCAGCUGCACUUCGUUCAAUGCCACACAGAACGAGCUGGAGCCGUGGGAAUGACACAAACAAAAGAAUACGCACUAAACUGACUCAAGAAAGCAUUACUCAAGCACCACCUCAGCAACAGUAGAACACAGGAAAAUAAUGAUUCCAAUGGUCUGUAACUAUAACAAGCUUUAUCCUCCACAUGAGGCUCGCGGCCCGGGGGAGCUGUGCCAAUCUGAGCUGACAUGGGGCGAAAGGCGGGGUCACACCCUGGACAGAUCAACAGUCAUCACAGGGCCAUAAAUGAUAAUACAAACUGAUAAUUAAAGGUCAAGUGUGUAAUAAUUACUGACAUCUGAUGGUGAGACUGCAAAGUGCAACAAAUGGAGGACUCAUUUCUUCACCCCUCACUUUUCCAAGUCCAUCAGGGAACAAAAGUGGCCUUCACAUGUUAGAAAGGAUGUAAAUGCUCACUCCAUUCUUCCACUCUCUCCGACAGACAUUCUUUUUUCAUUUGCAUCGGACGGGUUUCUGUCAGCCUGAUUUUAUGCACAUUUUCAAUUUGCAUAUACUGUAUAUAUACAUAUAUAUAUAUAUGUAUAUAUAUAAGGUGAAACCUGAAAUUGUCUUCAGACUUGCUGCAGCAGUAGCAUGAUGGCACAUGGUGGGCUCUUUAAUUCAAUUGACAUAACUCUAUACGGCACAAAAAAGCGAGAUGCUUUUUAUUGUAAAGAAAGAAUACACUUAUAAAAACAUACUUAUUCUAUUAUUAUUCUAUUCUAUUUGUCAUUAAACCCUUGCUAAAUGUCGCACUGGACCUUUAAGUUUGAUUGAAAGCAUGUGUAGCAAUCUCACUGUAUGUUUAAUAAAGAUAUGCUGUGUUGAUGCCUUUGUAACUAUUAUUUGUCUGGGGUCUGGAUUCUUACCAGUAUGGUUACAUUCUUCCUGCUCUCAUUUGUGUUUGUGCUGAAUAUAAAAAUAUGAAGCAUUAACAAUAAAUACAAUAAUGGAAAACGUUUAAAUAUUUUUAUGGUUGAAGGUA